CAGAGAUCCAGUAGGAUGAUGGAUGCGCUGUCAGUAGUGUCUCAGCUGAGGGACCUGGCAUCCGAGCCUCAGAAUCGGGAGGCUAUAGUACAGGACCAGGGCUGCUUGCCAGGGCUUGUGCUGUUCCUGGACCACAAAGAUCCUCAAGUAGUUUUCACCAGUCUGCAGACCCUAAGGUACCUGGCAGAAUCAACUCAAAACAUUAACACUAUGAAGAACGAGCUUGGCAUGAUGGUGACCCUGGAGGCACUGAAGGAAAAUAGUGGGCUGAAUGGUGACAUAACAGAUCUUGCUAAAGAGGUACAUGAAGUGUUGAGCACUCUAGACACAUACAGAACUCCGGAGCAGACAAAGAGGAGGAAUAAACAUCAGUUCUUCAUCAACAGUUCCAAUAAAAAGGCCAAAUCAGUCACUCUGCACAUACAGGGUUUGGAUGGGACUGACCAGCGAGGAGUGUGUGAGGAGGCCCUUUUGAAAGUUAAAGGAGUGAUCAGCUUCACAUUUCAGAUGGCUCUGAAGAGAUGCACAGUGCGUGUGCGUGCAGAUCUGCCCACUGAGAGUCUGGCCUCAGCCAUUGCUGCCACCAAAGUGCUUUCAGUCCAGCAGGUGGUAAAGAAUGAGAGUGGUGAGGAGGUUCUCAUCCCUCUCGGCACUACAGGCAUGAAGGUAGAGGAGAAUUCCCACCUGCCAGAUUACCUGCCAGAAGAUGAGAGUCCUGAAAAGGAGACAGAUCGCGCUGUGUCUCGCACUACUGCCAAACAGGACUCGAGUGGAAGCUGGUUAAACACAGCUGCCAGCUUUCUCACUAAAACCUUCUACUGGUGAAGACUGGGGGCUUUUGUAUGUAAAUAUCUGAACCACAACUGGAAGUAUUUAAGGCAGGAUUUGUAAGUUAGCCAGACAAGUAAAGCCAAAGGAGAGAGGCUAACUGAGUAAUGAAAUGUCCCCAGGGCCAUACAGCAUAUAGAAUGACCUGAACCAAACAGUUUAAUGACCGUACAAGAUACAGAGCAGCUACAGUGUACUGCAAAUCUGCUCAGUUUAAAUGAUAAUCACCCAUCUUCAUAAUAAGUGUAAAGUCGUUGUAAUAUCCAGCACUAAAAUACUGUGAUGGUUUUGAUGGAUUUGGAAAUAUCCAUUCACUGUGUAACACCUCAGGUGUUCUUUCUGUCUGUUGUGCUUCAGUUUGUCUAUGUAUUUGUGACAAUUUCUGUUUUACUGUUGCUUUGAUCAGCUGUGUACAUACGUGUGUAUUGAUUUAUUUUAAGUGGCAGAGUUUAUUCUGUCUCUAAAAAAGGUUGUUUCUAAUAAAGUACAUGUAA